AUGUCAAUCCGAGCUCACGAAGAUUGGGAAACUCAUGGUGUAGAUUAUAUUCUGACGUAUUCCGACAAUCCCGAAGCCAACAUCCCCAGAUAUAUCUACAAUUGGAUGGUCAACAAAGGCGGCCCGUAUUUUCUGCGACAAGUUCAUAAAGCGGCUCGGGAAAUUGAGGAAUCUGGAAAGGUGGUGAGAUCGGCGACGGGAAAAGCGAAACAUCAAAAGGAGACGCGGAAACUUGCGGAAAAGCAACGGAUGGAUGCGGAAAAAGCGGAAAAGGAGGCGGCGGAGAUUGAGAAGGAGAAGGAGAAGCUGAAAAAGUCGACGGAAAAAACGGCAAAAAGAUUUACGCCUGCCGCUGGACCAUUUCAAUUUCAGUCGGAAAAAAGUGUUUGA